AUGAUUCCAAAGCUAAGAAACUACACAGCAGUGAACUAUGCUGCAUUCAACUAUGCCGGGUUUUCAUGUAUAGCUAUAAUUGUCUUUUUAAUAUCCACCCAACCUUUUUACAUUACCGAGGUGAUUGGAAUUCAACCAAAGCCAGGAAGUACUAAAGACACGAAAAUAGGUUACAUUGUUGGAGGAUUGGGAUUCUUUGAUGAAGUAGUUUCAAUGUCAACAGCUCCCAUACUAGGAGGUAUUAAUGAUAGGUUGUCCUCGCUGGGAGUUGCUGGCGCAAGAACUAUUCAAAGUUUCAGUUUCAUUGUGAUUGCAUUGGCUUUACUUGGGUAUGCAUUGAAUGAUAAUUUGGUUCCCAUGAUGUUCAUUCUUAGGGGGAUCUUUGCUUUGGGUGUGACAGGCUGCAUGAGUAUGGUGACGGUGAUGUUGAAUCAGCUCUCAAUAUCGGAUUUUGUCUUUGCAAAGUUGUUGUUCUGGAGGGCACAGUACCAACCGGUUGAUUCUAGAGAGAGGGAGGGACAGGGAGAGGAAGAGGAGGAGGAGCAAGAAACAGUGGUGUCACCAAAAAAUAGUAAUCUAGCAGCCGUGAUGGGAAUAGCAACUGGUUUAGGUGCAAUUUUUUCGGUUUCCACCUUAGUUACUUUACCGGUGAAGUUUGCUGAUUGGUCACAAAGUGACUUGAAAUCGAGCCUUAAAAGCUCCUACAUCACGGUCAUGGGGUUUGCGUUGAUCUCAUUUGCUUUGCUUUUUACGCUCCUCUAUAAACCCAAGAAGCAAGUAGAAGAAACGCGUUAUGGCACUUACCAGUUUCUUCGCGAAGGAAUAAACUUUUCCAAAGGCAACAAGGAAGCACAGCUAGCUUUCGUUGGUGCAUUUGUGGCGAGGUCUACCACGGUUGCUACUUCUCUCUACAUACCAUUGGUAGUUUACAAUUGGUAUUACAACAUUGGUGAAUGUAAGACAAAGGACAACUGGGCAGGUAAAAUGACAUGCUAUGACGGUUACGUAUUUUCAGCAAUCUUGACCGGCGUGGCACAAACUGUUGCUCUUGUAUCUGCUCCAUUUUGGGGCUAUUUGGGGGAUUCAGCUGGCAAGUUUCGAUCGCUUGGACUUGCUGGGUUGUUUGGUGUUGUGGGAAACUUUGGGUUGAGUCUAGUUAACACCCACUUGUCGGAUUACAACCCCAAAACGGUGUGGUGUUUUGUAGCUGUGAGUAUUAUUGGGUUGUCACAGAUAGGGUUGAUCAUCAGCAGCAUGAGUAUUUUGAGUGGGAUAGAUAACGCCCAUCAAAUAAUGGGGUCGUUGAGCGGCCUUUACAGCUUUGCCGGUGGCUUGGGCAUUAUGAUUAUCACCCUAGUUGGUGGGUUAAUUGCAGACGUGUGGAUUUUGGGACCGUUUUUUAUCUUGGGAUUGUUUAAUGUGGUGUUGUUGACUGUGUUGUAUAGAAAGGAGACCAGUGAAAGAGAACCCCGUGUCUAG